AUGGGCACUGUCUCCACCGCAGGAUCUCCCCCGGUUGCAUACGCGCAUCCGUUCAUCGUCUGCGCUGGGUCAGGCGGGCCCGUCACUCUAUGGACCGUCAAUUUAGAGGGGAAUUCCGCAAUACUGACUUUGACGCUUGACACAGUCCCUCCGGGCCGCAUUUGGCGGUGCGCGGUGCUCCAGGACACACAUCUGCUCAUCCAUUCCGUUGUUGACGACUGGAAUACCGUCAUUUCCGUUUACUCCCUCUCACACGGCGACAUGCAGGACUCUCUCGAUAUUGGGCACGGUGGCGCCGGCGCCAUGAUCUCCCCUUCGAAUCAGUUGUUUCUACACCCAAAUGCUUCCGAGGCCCGGAUCUACAGCAUCUCCAUCACGGAGGGCCUUGGAGCGAAGUUCAAUGCUGGGACGGUGAUCGAACAUCCGCCGACGUCGACGGCGUACGCGUCGGAUAUCCCGCAACCUGUGUUCCUGUCGCGAGACACUGUCAUCUUCUCGCAAGCACGCUCUCCGGAUCCCAGCGUGCAUUUAGCUCACUGGAUCAUCAAUCGCAGCUCAAAAUCCGCCACUGCUGGCACUGGCACCACUCUCCCACCCCUCCGCUUGCCGCCCAACGACCUGCCUCGUGCCAGAAUCGACUCAAUGUUGCUCGACUCCAUUACGGUACCAGUGCCGCCAGAAGAUGGGACUUGCGCUUCCAUUGUCAUGGCGCAUACGGAGGCCUUCUUCGACUUCGCCGAUGAAGAGCCUGUGACUGCUGUUCGGCGCGUCAGCGUUUCGGGAGGCGAUGCGACCAUGGGAUGGGCUGUGCUACUGUCACAACGUACGACAUGGCUGCGGCACAGCACUGCGGCCGACCUCCUGGUGGCCUACGGCUAUCGGAGUAUUGAAGAGGGUAUGACCCUCAUCGUUCUGAACCCCAGCACGGGGGCCGUCCUGGCUGAACACUCGCUGGGUGCAACAGAUUCGAAGCGCGUGACCGUCUGUGCUCUCACCCCAUCCGGCUCGCGCAUCGUCAUCGUCCGCGGCAACGGGUCCAUUAUUGCAUGUCCUGUGGAAGCGCUCGUGGCCGCAGGUCUCCCACGCGAGCAGGAUGGCCCGCUUGUGUGGACCCCGUGUCCCAGUACGGUCCCAGCGUCCGUACCGACGAAGGCAGCCGACCGGAGGGCAUUGGAACGUGGUUGGUGGCGGUGGGUGGAGAACGCGUAUAUAGAUGAGCGGUCAGUUGUGCUGGUACCGGAGGACAAGAGGAGAGGGGAUUUUGUUGUGCUACCGCUUCAAGAGUGA